AUAUUCGAGUAAGUAAGACGUAAAUUCAAUACAAUUCGUUCGCAGCGCAGCAGAUUGCCACAAACUAUAGAUUAAUGUUGGUCUUUUACGCGUUUUAGCUCUUAAACGAUUUUUGUCGGGUCAAGAAGAUUCACAAAAUCGUUAGGCAGUGUAAGCAAAUCGGGAACAUAUAAGUGAUACUUUGGGUCUUAAUAUUUCAGUAAAAUGUUCGAAAUGAAGUUUCUUUUGUUGAGCGUGGCCUUAGUCGCCGGUUUGUGUACGAUCCGCGCCGAUGAUACCAACGCCACCGAUGUUAACAAGUUUACUGCCCAGUUUUCAGCCAUCAAUCACAUCCGCGAUGAUUUACAAACAUUCACUAAUCAGCAGCUGGAAAAAUCAUAUGAUUUCUUACUGCUUUCCUUUACUUUUGAUAAAUACGAGUUGGAUCGUCCAGGUUUCGAGAAACUAUACCGGAAAGUUUCCGAUAAAGCUUGGGAGGAUACCGUCGGAUUGAUUAAAUAUCAGAGCAAACGAGGACUAUCCGUUACACUAAAUGGGGUUCCAAGCAUAGUUGGUCAACUUAAUGAAGGCAAAGUUGAUAAGGCUAGUCUUGUGGAUAGUGACGAAUUAUCAUCGCUGAAGUUGGCGCUUGGUUACGAAAAGCUGUUAGCCGAUGAGAGCCAUCGAAUUCAUAAGAAGAUCUCGCACGCACACGAUAAGGGUGUAGCUUAUGAUCCGGAUGUAGCCCACUAUUUAGAUGAGGAAAUUAUCGAAUAUCAAAGUGGUGUCAUCCGUAAGCUAACUGGUUAUAUUCAUAAUCUGCACAGUAUCAUUGAAGAACCUAAAACUAAGGAUAUGGGCAUUCAUAUGUUCGAUGAGUAUCUUGAAAAAGUGGAGUAGUGCCUUUUCUGUUUAAAAAUACUUGCACUGAUUGUUGUAAGAGAUUGAUGAUAAAUUCUCUAUAAAUUUAUUUUUGUAUUUUUCAAUCGCCCAGAAUAAAAUUUGAAAACCGAAA